GGGCCGGGCCGGGCUGGGCUGGUGGGAAAGUGGUGUUUAGAAAGGACACCUGAGUCGAGAUGGCCAGCUUGCUGGUUGGCUUUUCCUGUUCUCUCUCAUUUCCUGUGAUGGCAGUGGGGGAGGGGCUCCCCAGCACUGGGGCCUCUGCAGUUUCCCCUUCCUCCCUGGGACCUUCAGGGGCCCAGCCAUGGAUUCAACAGCAGCAACAAGGUCGUCUGUUCAGACCCCAGAGCACCCCCCAACCACCAUGACCGGGUUGAAGCGGAAGUUUGACCAGUUGGACGAGGACUCAUUGCUCUGCUACUCCUCCUCCUCCUCUUUGUCCUCAUCUGGCCAGCAAUCAGGCUCCUGCUCACCCAGCUCUUCCAUCUCCCCAACCUGGGGCUCGGAUGAAGAGGGGCCCUGGGAUCAGAUGCCCUUGCCUGACCGAGACUUCUGUGGCCCCCAGAGUUUCACCCCCCUGCCCAUUCUGAAGCGGGCUCGCCGGAAACGCCCAGGAGGGCGCGUAUCCUUCGAUGGUAUCACCGUCUUCUACUUUCCCCGGUGCCAGGGCUUCACCAGCGUGCCCAGUCGUGGAGGCUGCACGCUGGGCAUGGCCUCUCGCCACAGUGCCUGCCGCCACUUCUCCUUGGCUGAGUUUGCACGGGAGCAGGCCCGGGCACGGCACGAGAAGCUCCGCCAACGCCUGAAGGAGGAGAAGCUGGAGGUGCUGAGGUGGAAGCUCGCUGAGGCCAACACACCCGAGACAGAGGCCAGUCCGCCUAUGACAGUGGACGCCAUUGACGAUGCCUCCGUGGAGGAAGACUUGGCCGUGGCCGUGGCUAGUGGCCGCCUGGAAGAAAUAGCCAUCCUCCAGCCCUACCCAGCCAGGAAGCGGCGGGCUCUGCUGCGGGCUGCAGGCGUGCGGAAAAUUGACCGGGAGGAGAAGCGGGAGCUGCAGGCCCUGCGCCUGUCUCGGGAGGAUUGUGGCUGCCACUGUGACCAGGUCUGUGACCCUGAGACCUGCUCCUGCAGCCUGGCGGGCAUCAAAUGCCAGAUGGACCACACGGCCUUCCCCUGCGGCUGUUGUGGAGAGGGCUGUGAGAACCCCACAGGCCGAGUGGAGUUUAAUCAGACUCGAGUGCAGACUCAUUUCUUCCACACGGUCACCCGCCUGAGGUUGGAGCAGGGGGCUGAGAGCCUCGGGGAACUGGAGGCCCCCACACAGGAGGGCCCUCUCAACCCUGCCCAGGAAGGCCCAUCCAGCCCUGGCGAGCAGGUUCUGGCCCCCACUUUCUCACUGGUGCAGCCGCCCAUGAGCAGUGAGCUGGGGGACAACAGCUCCAGCAGUGACAUGACUGACUCCUCCAGCGUAUCCGGGACGAGCGAUGGCUCUGUGCACGCGCCCCUGCCUGGCUCCGGUCUCCAGCCCAGUGUGGAUGACGACAGCCUGGUGCGGAUCCUGAGCUUCAGUGACUCUGACCUAGGGGGAGAGGAGGAGGAGGAAAACAAAGGGGCCAUGGGGACCCUGGACAACCUCAGCUGUUUCCACCCUGCUGACAUCUUUGGCACCGGCGACCCCGCAGGCCUGACGAGUUGGACCCACAGCUAUUCCAGCUCCAGCCUCACGUCUGGCAUCCUCGAUGAAAAUGCCAACCUGGAUGCCAGCUGCUUCCUAAGUGGUGGCCUGAAAUGGUCAGGAGAGGGCAGCCUGCCCAGCACCUCUGCCUUGCCCAGUGCAGAUGCCGGCCAGAGCAGCUCAGUGGACCUCAGCUUGUCUUCCUGCGACUCCUUUGAGCUGCUCCAGGCCCUGCCAGACUACAGUCUGGGGCCUCACUACACCUCCCGGAAGGUAUCCGACAGCCUGGAUCACCUGGAGGCACCCCACAUCCCCUCACCUGCCUUCUCCCCACCUAGGGACACCAGCACCUGUUUCCUGGAGUCCAUCUUGGGCCUGUCUGAGCCAGCCACCGAGGCCCUGGUUCCCUUCCUGGACAGCCAGUUUGAGGAGACUGCCCCAGUGUCCCUGGUGGAGCCAGCACCUGUGUGAGGACCUGAGUCCCUUUGUUUGGCCCCAGGAAUCAUGUUGCUGCUUUAUUGUAAUUAGGGGACUCUGGGGAAGGGUCUCCUGCUUGUCUGGCUCACCCCUGUGGGCCAUCCUGUUGGUUUGCAAGCAACAGUCUGGAUUGAUUGAUUGUUGUAAUUAAUGUUCUGUGCUUACAAAGGACAGGGAGGGGCCUUCCCCUUCAGUCUCAUGCUCUGCGGGCAUGCCCUCUCCACCCCCAGGACACACGCGUGGUCUCUUCCACUUCCGUGGCGCCUACCAGGAAGAGGAGGAAGUGUGCCGCCCUGGAGCUUUGCAGACUCAUUUUGAGUCUUGUGUGACGUUCCUCAGCCCAAAGAUGGCAAAGAUAAGGGCUGAAAGUAGCCACUUCUGACUUCUCCUGCCACCUAGAGCCCCAGGCCCCUGCACGGGUCCUGAAUCCUCUGGACUGUGAAGACUAUAAUUUAUUCCCAUAAUUUAUUUGUCACCUCCCUCUUUCCCUCCCCCUCUCGGGUGGGCACACUCACCCCAGUGAGUCACUUCUGCCUAGCCAGCCCCAGCUCCCGGCCUUCCCAGGCUGUGGUGUGUGCCAGGUGGGGACUAGAGGCCUCUGGCCCCAGGGCAAGGGGAGGGGCUGGGCUCACCCACCAGGACCAGAGCCCUCAUCUGCCCCCAUGCAGCCCUCUCUGCCUCACCUUCUCCCCAGAGGCCACAGCCUUUGUUCUGUCUGGGCCCAUCAUCACUGCAGGGGGGAGCAGGGGCAAGGAAGGGCUGGGGCCAAGCCCUGCACUCCAGCCAGCUCUACCUGCCUGCUCUCUGAGGCCGGUUGGGCCAGGGUAGGGAUGGGGACGGGGGCUGGGGCUUCUUUGGGCUUCCUGUCCCAUAUUUGCUGAUGUUCACUUUUGCAUCCUAAUUCUGAUUUUGAGUGUUAGGUCUAUAAUUUAUUCAUUUUCCUCUGUGUCUGUGCCAAGGAGCCCAGGUGCUGGGCCUGCUCCUUGCUCCGCAGGCCUCAGCCCUUGGGCCUGAGCUCCCGGGUACCAAUAAAGAGGCUCAAUUUUUCA